UCAUGCGUACAUUUCCUCGUCGGGUUGACAGGCUUUAUAUGCUCCAUGUCUCGCUGCUAAGGUACAUUUAAACACAAGGCUGACGUGUGGAGAGAGGUUGAAGUGAGGAGGAACUGUAACACCAACACCUGACAUUCUCUAACCAGGGACUAACACUUCCACAUCUGAAAUCUUCUUUUUUGGAUUUGGUUUUUUUUUUUGCGAUUAAAAAAAAGGGGUUUGGAGAUGUCCAACGUCCAGUUAUCGAGCAGUGCGCUGGAGAGGCUGGUGGCCAGGAGGACCUUUCCUCUCCACAAGCGCACCAGCGUCUGUCGCAACCUCUUCGGACCCGUGGAUCACGACGAACUAAGCCGGGAGAUGAAAACCAAGAUGCUGGAGAUAUCUGAGCGCGACCAGCAGAGGUGGAAUUUUAAUUUUGAGGCUAACACCCCCCUGGAGGGGGAUUACGAGUGGGAAGAGGUGCCUGUGGAUAAGACCCCGGUGUUUUAUCAGGACUCUGUACAGAACGGCAGGACUCGGGUACCCGCAACCCCCGUCAAGCAAAGGCCCUCGGCGGACUGCGCUCUCCCAGAGACUCCUGUCAUGGACGUCCUGGAGCGCCUGGUCUUACCCGAGGACAGCAGCAGCAGUAGCAGCGGCAGCACUAGCAGCGACCGUAGCCCCGGCCAGGUGGAGAUUAACCAGGAGAAUCGCACAGACAAAAUCAACUCAGGGAAGAAAUCGACUCUCAGAUCGGUGCCGUGUGUUAGACGCAAGAGGGCAGCCACUACCGACAACAACACACACAUCACAGACUUCUUCGUGAAACGAAAGAAGGUCGUUGACAAAAAAUCUGAGAUUGGUGCCUGCCAUCUCUCCAAGUCUCCUAUCCCGGUGGAACACACUCCACGAAAAAGGAUCCGUUGAAGAUUGUUCAAAUUCUUUGUCGACGUUGCACUACUUGCCUGCGCAUUUUUGAGGGAGUAAAAGAUGUUUGCACCGCUGCCGGUCACUCGCUCCGACUUUGGAGGGGACAAAGGACGCAUAGUGAUGCGGGAGAAGACGCACCGAGCGGCGCAUCCUGCUGCCCGGCAGACGGCAGCUGGGCUCGGGCUCCGCAGCAGACUCUCAGGACCGAACGGUUUGGGGUUGGUGGAAGAUUUCAAUUUAAAAUAUGGGGGUAAAUUUUUGCCGAAUGACAUCUAUGUAUCCAGUACAAAUGUAGCAUUCAAUAUUGCUUUUGCAUGUACAGCCACUCGACAGUGUUAAAUGUUUUAACAUCUGUGCAAUCCUAUAAAAAGAAAUGUCUACACUGGCCAAAAGUGUACAGCUUUAUAGAAACAAUAGGUUGUGAUUGUUCAUUUCUGUCAAGUUCUGUUUUAUUUUUCCCUGUAAAUUUAUAUUUUUAAGUCUAUUUUAACUUAUACUUUAUUUAUGUUGCCUUUAUAUUUGUCAAAUGCCUUGUUGAUUCAGCCAAAGGGCAUAGGCUAUUUCCUAUUUUAUUUGUAUGUUAUUUUAUUAUUUACAUUUUUUAAAUGUGAUUUUUUUUUCUGCAAUCAUGUAGCUUCCCCUCAUAGUCCACACUUGAAAAGUAGGUUUCUUUGUUGUGUUUUUCUGAGCCGCUGUUGUUGUCGUUGUUGAUGUUAAUAUUAUUGUUUUGUGUUUCGUACCUACAAGUGCCCUAAUCAUGCCUUGCAAAGAUGGGAAUAAAAAAUAGUUUUCACUUCAA